AUGGCUUAUAAGGCAAAGGCCAUUGCUUCAGACAAUGUUGAUGGGUCUUUCAAAGACCAAUAUAAAAUGAUUUAUGAUUAUGCGAAUGAGCUCCUAGGUCGUAAUGAAGGAUCCACAGUGAAAGUCAAAGUUGAAGAUACUGGCAGUGGACCCUCAUUUAAAAGGUUUUAUACUUGUUUGAAGGCCUGCAAGGAUAAUUUUGUGUCCUACAGGCCAAUUAUUGGGCUAGAUGGUGCUAUUUUGAAAGAAAAAUAUGGUGGUGAAUUAUUAAUUGUUGUUGGUAGAGAUGCAAAUGAUCAAAUGUUACCUCUUGCGUAUGCCGUGGUGGAAGUAGAGAACAAGGAUACUUGGAAAUGGUUCCUUGAACUUCUGGUUGAAGAUCUUGGUGGGGAGGCAAUCAGUUCAUCAUUUACAUUCAUGUCGGACCAGCAAAAGGGACUACUGCAAGCUGUACAAGAAGUGGUUCAUGGAGUUGAUCAACGUUUCUGUGUUAGGCACCUAUACGCAAAUUUCAGAAAAAAAUUCCCUGCAAAACAUCUCGAGCGUUUGAUGUGGAAGGUAGCAUCAACAACCCAUCCACAAACAUGGGAAUCAGAAAUGAGAAAUAUAAAACAACUCAAUGAUGAGGCUUUCAAAUACUUGUUAAAAAUUCCUCCUAGAUACUGGUUAAGAUCAAGAUUUAGCAGCACACCCCAAUGUGAUACUUUGGUCAACAACAUGUCAGAGGCUUUCAAAGUGUUUUGUUGGUCAGCAAACAAGGUUUUUGAAGUUCGCUAUGUGUCCCAAGUUGGGGACAAAAAUAGGAAACCAAAAGGAACCAAAAGGACAGUAAUGACAAAUGACAAAUAUGAGAAACAGGAAACCAAAUAUGAAAAUGACUAA